AUGUCGACCCCGACGGAAGACGUGGUGAAGCAAUGGGAAAGGGAGCAGGCUGAGCUGAAGAAGAGGCUAGUGGAGGAAGACACUGAGGACUGGCAGAAGAGUCCGGACUUCGCGGGCCUGGAGAGAGUCGGGGGAGUGGACCUCUCCUUCAUUAAAGGAGAUGAUGUCAAUGCAUGCGCCCAGCUUGUGGUCCUUAGCUUCCCAGAUAUGAAGCUGCUUUACAAGGACAGUCAGAUGGUGACCCUUAAUGCUCCAUACGUGGCGGGAUUUCUGGCUUUCCGUGAAACACCCUCACUGCUGGAAGCCCUGGAGAAGCUGAAGAGAGAACAGCCCAGUCUAAUGCCUCAGGUGGUCCUUGUGGAUGGAAACGGACUCUUCCAUUAUAGAGAGUUUGGUUUGGCGUGCCACCUUGGAGUGCUGUCUGAUCUGCCCUGUGUGGGCGUGGCCAAGAACCUGUUGCAGGUGCAGGGUGUGGUCAGGAGUGAUGAGCACUUGUCUCAGAUCAAUGCUUUGGAGAAAGAUGGUGACACUUUUCCUCUCACUACAGAUACAGGAAAAGUGCUGGGCAAGGCUUUGCGGAGUUGUCUGAAGAGCACUAAGCCUGUGUAUGUGUCUGUAGGACACCGUAUCAGUCUGGACACAGCAGUGAGGCUAACACACGCCUGCUGUCGUCACCGUGUCCCUGAACCCAUUCGACAGGCUGACAUGAUCUCCAGGGAGUACCUACGCACCCAUUUCCCUUCAGGCCUGUCUCCACGAGACAAUAACGAGACCCUCAACACGUAAGGUGGAGAUCUGACGAGCCCAGAAGAG